AUGAAGUGGCAAGAGCGUAUGCAAAUCGUGGAGGGAAAGAGGAAAGUAGUCUUACGUCAACUGCCUUUCGAAGUGAAUCAAGGCGAUACUCUGUUUGCAACAACGCCGCUCUUCCCGACGUUGAAUUCGGUAUUGCUUAAUAGCCACUGUUCGGGAUGUAUGAUAGAUAUCCAACAGCUGGCAAGAGAUCAUGACAUCAGUAUGGAAAGGGCCCAAAAGAAGUUAUUACGUUGCUCAAGAUGCAAUGUUCAUAGGUUUUGUAGUGUGAGAUGUUACGCCGAUUCUUGGAGACUUCACAGCAAAGAAUGUCUCGGCCUGUCGAAAUCACCCGGGUGGAGGCCCAGCACACUGGCAAGAUUGAUCGGCAGAGUAAUGGCGGCUAGACCACGACGGAAUGACGGGGUCUAUGACCCUCUACCAGAUCAUCCAGGCCAAAAAUCACAUUCAAGCCUAAGCGAAAAAGCUCUUGCAGCAUUACACGAGAUGUUCAGGCUUCUGGGAACUUUCGAAUGCGACGAUGAACAGAUGACAUACUUCUUUGACGGCAAGAAGCACCAUUUCGACCGUGAUGUUGAAAUUGAUCGCACCGUCCUACAAUCCUGCAUGUUCACGAUAUAUGACUCUUCGGCAAAUCCGGUCGGUAUUGGCAUCGCUCCUGAAUUAUCGAACGUUCGUCAUUGUUGUCAACCGAAUGCCCAAAUCGUGUUCUCCGAAGGGCCCACUACCAAACUCGGGAUGAGAUUAGUUGCUAGCAAGCCCAUAUAUCCAGGUGAUGAGAUAACGAUAUCUUACAUCGAUCUGGCAUUACCGGUACAUCUCCGAUCGACGGCGUUGGAACCUUUUGGGUUCAACCAUUCGAAUUGGUGUGAAACAUGCCUCGAAGAGAAAACCGAUGUAAGAUGGGCAAAGACACAUGAAGAAUGUCCAUACGGCGGACUCGUCGCUCUACCCACAGGAAUAGCGAACAAAAGACCUCAACAUGAAUAUUCAUGUGAAGGAGUUUCGUCCGUACCUCCAGCAAGCUCCAAAACGGAGACAUCUGUGAUUUCCAAAGGAGACGCUUCCGAAAAUACGACAGAAUCGGAUUCCACCGGUAAAUCAGUACGGUCCCUAGAAUCACGAAUGCGAUCGUUAUCUCCAUACACCUCCUCGACUGAGUCUGCUUCCGAUCCUGACGAAGAUGUACGGGAAUACGAAAGAAGGACAUUAUUGGAUUUUCUGUAUCCUGAAGAGACACAAGAGAGGCCCCAAGUUAGAGCGGUCGAGGGCAGAAGAUUUCUCGAUUCGAAAGACCGGUUGUCGGAUGAUGCAAUGGAAAGUCAUGCAGAGGUAGAAUCGACAAUGUCAUGCUUGAUAGAAGAUAAUCUGAGAGACACUCCUCACUCAUCACAUCCUGUAGCCGGGAGCAGUUUCGAGACUUCAAGUACGGGGUCGAGCUCUCCAGAUAGUGCUUUCGAGAUACUCCAUUCAAGCGAGUCCAACUCCGAUCCUGUGCAGAGUACAUGCCAUUCAAACAAUUCUAUGUCUCCCGCAUCACUGUCACCGUCAGGUCUCUCUUCACCAAGAUCAACCUCACGAACACCGCUACUAAGUUCCAAAUCAUCACCAGGAUCUUCCCUUCCAGAUACCGAAUCUUCGACAAAUGACGAGUCCGAAGAAGCCGAAUGCGACAGAUGUAUGGAACUAUUGAUCAUUGAGGGGACAGACGAGGAAUACCUUACGAUUAUGUCCGAAGCCCAGCCCAUCUGGGAUAGAGAAAGAGAGGGCAUGACCCUGCCUGAUUAUACAAAUGAUCCCCUGGCAAUUGGGGAAGAAAUUAUGACCAUGCGAGAAAUCUUGCCAUCUCUGCUAGCACAUUUUCCAGAUACUCUUUACCCAAUACCUUAUCUGCGACUCAGAUAUGGUCGACUGCAAUCAACACUACACGAGAAUUUCAACCUUCUCCGAGAGGUAGUGUUGCAUUGGAGCGAAGCACAUACCUCACUGUUGGUUCUGAAUCAUGAUCUCCCAACACCGACAACGUGCAAUUUAGCGAUAUCAUUGAGUGCUGUACAUUUGAAAUACCUAAGACGUCAACAAGAAGUGAUCAGAGUUAAACGUCCAUACCCGAAGGAAAAGAAAUAUUGGUUAGACGAACAUGGACAAGAUAUAGAUGAAUUCAGUGAUCUUGGUAAACGCUGGGUUCAAGUUUCCAAGUCACAACUUAAAGAUUGUGCGUUAGAUAACAAUGAAACGUCGAAAAAAUGGAGGGAUAUACUUGAAUUGGAACAAGAACUCGGCGAAGUCAUCUUCUGGUUGGCUGCAACUGUCUGA